AUGGGGCUCACAGCUCAAGCCGUAACCGGCCAGCUGAGACAGCUUGUUUACUACCAUCUCGACAACAUAAAUUACGAAAAUGCACUCUUUUAUGCAGAACGACUCGGCGCACACGACCCGCGCUCCAGCGAGACCGCCUACUUGGUUGCCUUGUGCUACUUCCGCCUCGGCGAUUAUCGGACUGCCUACGAUUUCAGCAAGCCUCUCGGAUACAGAGGUGUACACCUGGGGUGCGCCUACAUAUUUGCACAGAGCUGUCUCGUUCUCGACCGUUACAGGGACGGCAUCGCUGCCUUGGAAAAGUCAAGAGGUCUAUGGACCAACAAGUUCAGCUUUGGAAAGCACGGCGCAUCGACUCGAGCACCAAAUCCAGAUUCUGCCAGUGUCGCCUGUCUCCUUGGCAAACUGUACAGGGCAUACGAGGAUAAGAUUAAGGCUGCACUUUGUUUUGAGGAGUCCUUGAAGAUCAACCCUUUCAUGUGGGAUGCCUUUAUGGCACUGUGUGACAUGGGCAUUCAUGUCAGGACACAAAACAUCUUCAGACUGAACGAGGCAUUGUUGCAAGGAUUCGAAGAGGAACAACAACAACAUGGUAUCCUGGCCGAACAAAAUGGGACGAACCCAUUGGAACCAGUGCUGCUGAGGAAGGCAGCUCAGAGAAUACCUAAUUUUGGCCCUGCAGAUCCAUUCGAUUCCCAAGGUUCUGCUGAUGGUAACGGUGCGCUCACUGGCAACAACCUAUUAUCGAAAUCCAUCACCGAGAAUGAUUUCAUGUUAAAGAUCAGUGCAGCUCGUUCUAGAAUGACAGCUGGCAAUGUGCCGGUGCCGGAAGGAAUGGAUACACCACCAUCAAUAAACAUUAGCCAUCCUCCCAUAACUCGGAAUGGGUUUCCUCCCGAGCCUCCACAAGCACCGGUGCGGAGAACGAGGAAUGCCCAAGCUCUGGAAUCGACUCUACUCGAUGCGCCUCCCAAACCCACCUCCCGGCUUGGUACGCGGCGAAAUCUGCGGGCUCAAGAGAAGGUGCAAGACGAGCAAAUUUUGGACCAGCCACCUCCGAUGUUUAGGGCCUCGACUUCUGCAGUACCCGGGGUCGAGCGUAAGCGAACCGUAUCUGGUCAUCCUGUCCAGCCACGACAGCCGUCGGAAGAGCCUGGUGCACCACCAAGAAGAAGCACGAGAAUAAACAUGUUCAAAGGCACAAACACAAAAGCCAAUUCUGGAGCUUCGACAAUUGGAGCUGGGCCGACUCGGGAAUUGAAGAAGGCUAGACCCCCGAUCUCGAGGAUCAUGCGACCAACUUCUGCGACGGGAACCAGUGUCGGUAGAGCAGUCAGCGGAAACCGGAAACCCGUAGAAGGGCACGGAAUGGAUGUCGAUCACGCCGAAGCUCCAAGGAUUAAAGAAGCACAUCCAAAUCCCCCGGUGACGAAGCCGGUGGAGUCGGACAAUACCAAGGUCGAGGAAGCCUUGAAGUCUCUGCUCAGCUUAUUAAAACCUUUUGGCUCUGGAUACUUGGCUCUGUCGCAAUUUCAAUGCCCUGAUGCCCUAGUUGCAUACAACUCGCUUCCUUCCGGUCACAAAAAUACACCUUGGAUUUUGUCUCAGAUGGGCCGGGCGUAUUACGAACAAGCAGCAUACGGCAAGGCGGAGGAGUGCUAUAGAAAAUUACGUGUUCUGGUACCGAGCCGUCUUGAAGAUAUGGAAAUCUAUUCGACCAUUCUGUGGUUUCUCAAGCGAGAAAUCGAUUUAUCUUUCCUGGCUCACGAAUUGGUCGAUUCAUCAUGGAAUAGCCCACAAGCAUGGUGCGCCCUUGGCAAUGCAUGGUCUCUGGCACGUGAUCAUGAACAAGCAUUGCGUUGUUUCAAGCGUGCAACUCAGCUGGAUCCCAAGUUCGCCUAUGCUUACACGUUACAAGGGCACGAACAUGUUGCGAACGAGGAGUACGAGAAGGCCCUCACAGCCUACCGCCAAGCAAUUUCGGCUGACCGCCGCCAUUACAACGCAUACUAUGGUAUUGGUCGCGUAUAUGAAAAGCUAGGCAACUACGAUAAGGCCUAUACCCACUUCCAUUCUGCAUCUCUUAUCAACCCGACAAAUGCUGUCUUGAUAUGUUGCAUCGGAAAUGUGUUGGAGAAGCAGCGCCAAACAGUCCAGGCGCUACAAUAUUUCAGCAAGGCUACAGAGUUGGCACCGAAUGCUGCCCAGACACGAUACAAGAAAGCCCGUGCUUUGUUAGCAUUGAAUCAACUAGAGGCUGCCCAGACGGAACUUGAGAUACUCAAGAACCUUGCGCCUGAUGAAGCCACGGUCCAUUUCCUCCUUGGAAAACUCUACAAAUCCCUUGGUGACAACGGCUCGGCGAUUAAACAUUACACCAUUGCUCUCAAUCUGGACCCGAAGGCGAAUCAACAGAUCAAGGAGGCGAUUGAGAGCCUUGAAGAUGAUGACAGCUAUGAAGAUUCCAUGAUGGCAUGA